AUGGUGUCCUGGAUGAUCUGCCGCCUGGUGGUCCUGGUGUUUGGGAUGCUGUACCCAGCGUAUGCUUCCUAUAAGGCUGUGAAGACCAAGAACAUUCGUGAAUAUGUCCGGUGGAUGAUGUACUGGAUCGUCUUUGCACUCUUCAUGGCGGUGGAGGCCUUCUCAGACAUCUUCAUUUCCUGGUUCCCUUUCUACUACGAGAUCAAGAUGGCCUUCGUGCUAUGGCUCCUCUCGCCCCACACCAAAGGAGCCAGCCUGCUUUACCGAAAGUUUGUCCACCCAUCCUUGUCCCGCCAUGAGAAGGAGAUCGACACCUACAUUGUGCAGGCCAAGGAGCGCAGCUACGAAACGAUGCUCAGCUUUGGGAAGCGAGGCCUCAACAUUGCCGCAACAGCCGCUGUGCAGGCUGCCGCCAAGAGUCAGGAUGCACUGGCCGGAAGGCUGCGUAGCUUUUCCAUGCAGGACCUGCGCUCCAUCCCCGACACCCAUGCCCCCAACUACCAGGACCCCCUCUACUUGGAGGACCAGAUGCCCCGCCACAGGCCACCCAUCGGGUACAGAGCAGGGGGCCUGCAGGACACUGACACUGAGGAUGAGUGUUGGUCAGACACAGAAGCAGUGCCCCAGCCGCCACCCCGGCCCCGAGACAAGCCUCUGAGCCGCAGCCAGAGCCUGCGUACGAUCAAGAAGAAACCACUGGUGCGAGAGGGCACCUCGCGCUCCCUGAAGGUGCGGACAAGGAAAAAGACUGUGCCCUCAGACGUGGGCAGCUAGGGUCUGCAGAGCCAGCCCAGUUUUACCUCGUGUUCUACAGGGCGCUGGGGGCUGUUUGAAGGGGCCCUCCGGCUGCACGUAGGGCCUGCCUGCACCAGCUGCCCAGGCUCUGCCCUCCUGACUCCUGCUGUUGGCGGCAGUUGCCGCUGGGGCCAUGCACAGGGAUGACCU